AUGAGAAUUCCAAGCGAUCCUCACUAUCAAAAUAUUCCAAUUACCAUGCAAACUACACUUGAGUCUUUACAAACCAAUUUAUAUUACGAGACGUCUAAUACACCUAAUGAAUUUCAACCGUACCAACCUCAAGGUACUAUCGUUAACUCGCAAACAGUGACAUCAAAUUACCCUACACCAUUUAUUCCCAUUCACGUACCACCUGUAUUCAAAAUUAAAUGGAAUGAUAUUAGUAUUAAAUCGUUACUUAUUUUUUUGAAAGAAAAAAAAGAAGUGCUAAAAGUAUUAGUAGAAAAUAGAGGCGGUAUUGGUGACAUUACCAUUAAAAAAGAGCUCUGGGAGCAUGCAUCAGAAGUAGUGUAUAAUGGUGUAAACUUAUAUUAUAGUCCUGAACAAUGCGAAACAAAAUGGCGGAAUAUUAGACGAACUUGCAAGUGUAAACCUAAUUAUCGAUAUAUGUCAGAAGCUAGAGAAGUUGAUCCAAGAAUUUAA